GAGUAAAUAACAAAAAUUUAUGUUCCACUUGAUUGGUAACAUUUUAGCUCAACCUAGAGUAAAUAUUGAUAUAGAAUAAACUUUUACUCUAUUAAUACCUUUCACUCACACCCUGUGUGUAUGUAUGGUAGAGUCGAGUAGUCAAACGCAACGCGUCCACAGGGAGUUCGUCCUGCGGUGCACGUGGCUGUCUUGUCGUUAAAACGCAUCGUUUUAACUUUCAUAUUUUUAUUUUUAUUUCUCUCGUUUACCCCCGCCCAAAAAAACCCUACCCGAGGAAAAAUAGGUAGAAACUAAAGAAAAAAAAAAGGAAGAAAAAGAAGAAAGAAUAAAACGCUUAGUCUCUCCGGCGACUUUAACCGUACCUCAGAAUCAAAUUAGGGCACAGAGACCUCUCGGAGACAGAAGCUAUGGGAAGAAAAAAACUAGAAAUCAAGCGAAUCGAGAAAAACAGUAGCAGACAAGUCACCUUCUGCAAACGACGCAACGGUCUCAUCGAGAAAGCUCGUCAGCUUUCUGUUCUCUGCGAGGCAUCUGUUGGGCUUCUCGUUGUCUCCGCCUCCGACAAGCUCUACAGCUUCUCCUCCGGGGAUAGACUGGAGAAGAUCCUUGAUCGAUAUGGGAAAAAACAUGCUGAUGAUCUCAAUGCCCUGGAUCUUCAGUCAAAAUCUCUGAACUAUAGUUCACACCAUGAGCUACUAGAACUUGUGGAAAGCAAGCUUGUGGAAUCAAUUGAUGAUGUAAGCGUGGAUUCCCUCGUUGAGCUAGAAGAUCACCUUGAGACUGCCCUCUCUGUAACUAGAGCUCGGAAGGCAGAACUAAUGUUAAAGCUUGUUGAAAGUCUCAAAGAAAAGGAGAAUCUGCUGAAAGAAGAGAACCAGGUUUUGGCUAGUCAGAUUGAGAAGAAAAAUCUUGAGGGAGCCGAAGCUGAUAAUAUAGAGAUGUCAUCUGGACAAAUCUCCGACAUCAAUCUUCCUGUAACUCUCCCGCUGCUUAAUUAACCACCUUUACUCGGCGGUUAAUCAAAAUAAGAAACAUAUAAUCUAAAGAUAACCUAUGUAGGUUUUACUUUUCGCAGCUUAAUUAACCACCUUUACUCGGCGGUUAAUCGAAAUUAAAAACAUAUAAUUAACAAAUAACCUAUGUCAGUUUAACCCCCUGAUAAAGAUGCACGUUGUACAUCUUAGUUCUCUCUCUGGCUGAGGGGCUGUGUAAUAACUAUGCUUAGAUUAAAUAAAAAUAUAUAUCUAUUUAAGACAA